AUGGACUUCCUCAAGCAGGCUCAGGGUGCUCUUGGUGGUGCUGGUGGCCAGCAGGGCCAGCAGCCCCAGCAGGCUGCUGACCCCAACGCUGCCGCCGCUGCCGGCCAGGCCGGCCAGGCUACUGGCCAGCAGGACGCUCUUGAUAAGGGAGUGAACACCGUAUUGGGUAAAAUGGGCCACGCGCAGAACGCCCAGACGAACGAGAAGAUCUCGGACGGCGUCCGCUCGGCCUUCAAGUCGGCUACCGGCCGCGACGUCCCCAUCCAGGACAAGCAGUAG